GCGCCGCCAGCGAAAUUAUUUCCGGGUGCGAGGAGCUGUGGGAGCGGGCGGGAAGCGACGGUGGGAGCGGGCAGGAGAGGGGCCGGGGACCCGCCAUGUGAGACACCCUGACAGCCCCAGAUUCCUCUUUACAUCAGUAGAAAUGGACAGCAGCAGUUUCAUUCAGUUUGAUGUGCCUGAGUACAGCAACACUGUUCUGAGCCAGUUAAAUGAACUCCGCUUGCAAGGAAAGCUGUGUGACAUAAUUGUGCAUAUUCAGGGUCAGCCAUUUCGAGCCCAUAAAGCUGUCUUAGCGGCCAGUUCGCCAUAUUUCCGUGACCAUUCAGCGUUAAGCACCAUGAGUGGCUUAUCAAUAUCAGUUAUUAAAAAUCCCAAUGUUUUUGAACAGUUGCUUUCAUUCUGUUACACUGGAAGGAUGUCCUUACAACUGAAGGAUGUUGUUAGUUUUCUAACUGCAGCUAGCUUUCUACAGAUGCAGUGUGUCAUUGAUAAAUGCACGCAAAUACUGGAGAGUAUUCAUUCAAAGAUCAGUGUUGGUGAUGUUGACUCUGUUACUGUUGGUGCUGAAGAAAAUUCAGAAAAUCGCAAUGGAGUUAAGGACAGCAGCUACUUUGCCAACCCUAUUGAGAUAUCUCCCCCCUAUUGCUCUCAGGUGCGACAGUCAACAGCAAGCAGUGAUCUUAGGAUGGAAACUACUCCAGGCAAAAGUCUACGUAGUCGACUGCAAGAAGAAGGGCAUUCAGAUCGAGGAAGCAGUGGGAGUAUCUCUGAAUACGAGGUUCAAAUUGAGGGUGAUCAUGAGCAAGGAGACUUGAUAGUAAGAGAAAGUCAGAUUGCAGAGGUGAAAGUUAAAAUGGAAAAGUCUGACAGGCCAAGCUGUUCUGAUAGCUCUUCCCUUGGUGAUGAUGGAUAUCAUACUGAAAUGGUGGAUGGAGAGCAAGUAGUAGCAGUGAAUGUUGGCUCCUAUGGGUCUGUUCUACAACAUGUUUAUUCAUUUACCCAUGCCUCAUCACAGGCUACUGGUGUGUCUGAAACUUUUGGAAACCUUAGCAAUUCAAGUCCUUCAAGGUCAAUGCUGAGCUGUUUCAGAGGGGGUCGUGCACGCCAAAAACGGAUAUCCACUGGUCAUUUACAUAGUGAUGUUCAAGGCUUGGUGCAAGGGACUGAUGGUGAUUCCAUGGUGAGUAAUACAGGAUAUGAAAAUAAUCCACGGGAAAGAAAUGCAAGAAGUCACUGGUAUCCAUACAAUGAGAGGCUGAUUUGUAUUUACUGUGGGAAGUCUUUCAACCAGAAAGGGAGCCUUGAUCGACACAUGCGAUUGCACAUGGGAAUAACUCCUUUUGUGUGCAAAUUCUGUGGGAAGAAAUAUACCCGCAAGGACCAACUUGAGUAUCAUAUUCGCGGUCACACAGAUGAUAAGCCCUUUCGCUGUGAGAUCUGUGGCAAAUGUUUUCCUUUCCAGGGUACACUAAACCAGCAUUUGCGAAAAAAUCACCCUGGGGUAACAGAAGUAAGAAACAGGAUGGAGUCUCCAGACAGAACAGAAGCAUUUGUGGAACAGAAAGUAGAUAAUGAUGCUUCAGCUUCUGAAGCCAUGGAUUCUAGUAUGGAAGUUCAUGCAAUGUCUAACACGUCAGAUUAAAAUAUUACACUGUAAAGUGCAAAACAAACAAGCACAUUAAUGAUAUAUUUUAAAAAAUCUUAUUCUUUUGGUAGUCUUCAUUACAAGUAUAAGAGCCUUUUAAUUUUCCUGAUCUUCUGGAACUUUUUUUGAAAUAGUUUCUGGAAAAGACUACAUAAAUAUUCUUUGUUUCUGUAGGAGGCUGGGUUGGUGGGGUUUUUUUCCACUUUUGAAAAUGCUGAAAUAUAAAAGACUGUGCUAGGGAACAGAUGGGAAGAGUCUGAUAAAGUGUCCCUACUGGUUGAUCUGGUAAGACACAAAUUCCAGUGGAGAAAGAUAUUAGAAUAUGAUUUACCUCUCUGCUGGAUACACAAAGAAACUGUAGUCUUUAUUUUAUUUUAUUUUACUUAAUUUCAUAAAUCCUAUUGCUGAUAGUGAGGGUUACGUAGCAUUGGGAAAAGAGAAUAUUACAUAUUUGAUUCCUUCAUUUGUACCAUUGAAUUGUUUUUUUUCUUCCUAACUGUUUUUGAUAGUCUGUUUAUAUAUAUAAAUUUGCUUUAUAUAUAUAAAAUGCUUUCACUUUUCCUAUUCUGGUUGAAGUGAAUGUAAAAAUAUGUGAAGGUUUAUACCAUGUACCAUCCUUCCAACUGCUAGAUCUCCUCUGUCUAGGAUUUAGAACUUUGGACUUUGGGAGAAUCUUUUUGGUUUUAGAAGAAUGUUUGGUUUUCCUUUUAUUAAACUAUUACUUUGUGUGCAAAUGAGAGCAAAGUGUAUUACCUUGUUUUAAUAGCUUUGCUCUAUAACAUUUGUAAACCAAAUGCCAUAAAUCUAUUAAAUUAUGGUUAAAUUGUUAAGGGGUUUUGUUAGUUGUCUAGAACAUAAACUGGACAACCUGUGGUGCUGACCUUUUUA